GCAUGAAUGGACGAUUAUACCAUUUGUAGAGAGCUUCUCCGAAAGCGAGGAAAUUUGCUGGAUCAACCACUGAACCGACCUUUGCGUUAACUGUACCUGAGUUGUCAUCCCAUUCCAUGGCCUCUCCUUCUCCGAAAUCCCAAACCCCCUAUUUAUCUCAAUCUCAAUCUCAUCCCCACAACUCAUCUCUUUCUUUCUCUACAACUUUCUGUGUCUACGAAUCUUUACAUCUCCUUGAAUGGCGUCCAAUACCCAAUCCAAUUUCGAAGAUUUGUUGCCAAUCAUGGCCGACAAGUUGGGCGGGGAAGGCUUGAUCGAAGAGCUGUGUAAUGGGUUUAGGUUGCUGAUGGACGGUGAUAAAGGGAUCAUCACGUUCGAUAGCCUCAAGAGAAACGCUGCCCUGUUAGGGUUGCAGGAAUUGAGGGACGAUGAUCUGAGGGGAAUGUUGAGAGAAGGCGAUUUCGACGGUGAUGGAGCACUCAAUCAGAUGGAGUUUUGCGUUCUGAUGUUCAGAUUGAGCCCCGAGUUGAUGGAACACUCUCAGUUUUUGUUAGAGGAAGCCCUUCAACAGGAAUUGAGAGACUUGUAUUAAUUUUUAUUUUUUAUUUUUUUUUUUGGGUUACAGAA